CUGCCGCCCGGGCCCCGGCCCCUGCCCUUCCUGGGCAACCUGCUGCAGCUCUGCCCCAUGCGCUCGCUGCAGGCCCUCGAGAAGCUCCGCGCCACCUAUGGCCCCGUGUUCACCGUGUACUUUGGGCGCAAGCCGGUCGUGGUGCUGUGCGGUCACGCAGUUGUGCGUGAGGCGCUCGUCGAGCACGCCGAGGCCUUCGGCGGCCGCGGGCAGAUGCCCUCCCUGGACCGCGUCUUCGAGAGCCACGGGGUGGUGUUCGCCAAUGGCGAGCGCUGGCGGCAGCUGCGGCGCUUCUCGCUCACCGUCCUGCGUGACUUCGGCAUGGGCAAGCGCAGCAUCGAGGAGCGCAUCCAGGAGGAGGCGCAGUUCCUGCUGCAGGAGCUGCAGCGCACGCAAGAGAAGCCCUUCGACCCCACGUACCUGCUGAGCCAGGCAGUCUCCAACGUCAUCUGCUCCAUCGUCUUCGGCAACCGCUUCGACUACAAGGACACCGAGUUCCGGGAGAUGAUGCAGGUCAUGAACGAGAGUUUCCGUGAGCUCAGCAGCACCUCGGCACAGUUCCACGACAUGAGCGACGGCCUCUUCGCCCUGCUGCCCGGGCCCCACCGCCGGAUCGAGCGGCUCCUGGGGCGCAUGCGGCGCUUCAUCGCCCGCCACGUGGAGCAGCACCGCGCCACACUUGACCCCGCUGCCCCCCGAGACUUCAUCGACUGCUUCCUGCUCCAGAUGGACAAGGAGAAGGACAAGGCGGGCUCGGAGUUCAAUGAGAAGAACCUGGAGCUCACCACACUCAACCUCUUCUUCGCUGGCACCGAGACUGUGAGCUCCACGCUGCGCUAUGGCUUCCUGCUGCUCAUGAAGCACCCGGAGGUGCAAGAGAAGCUGCAGGAGGAGAUCGGGAGGGUGAUUGGCAGCGAGCGGGCGCCCGCCGUGGAGGACCGCGCGCGCAUGCCCUACACGGAUGCCGUCAUCCACGAGGUGCAGCGCGUCAGCGACCUGCUGCCCAUGGACGUGCCCCACAUGGUGACGCGUGACACGCUCUUCCGGGGCUACCUGCUGCCCAAGGGCACCGAAGUCUACCCGCUGCUCAGCACGGUGCUGCACGACCCCACCAUGUUCGCGCGCCCGGACGCCUUCGACCCCGGCAACUUCCUGGGUGCCGACGGCAGCUUCCGGAAGAACGAGGCCUUCGUGCCCUUCUCGUCAGGGAAACGCAUCUGCCUGGGCGAGGCGCUGGCGCGCAUGGAGCUCUUCCUCUUCCUCACCACGGUGCUGCAGCACUUCCACCUGCAGCCACUGGUGCCGCCGGCGCAGCUGAACACGGCGCCACGCGAGAGCGGCUUCGGCACCGUGCCACCACUCUACGAGCUGCGCGUGCUGCCGCGCUGAGCCCGGCGCCCGGCGCUGCAAUACUCUGCUGCAAGAUCCCAUUGCACCACCCCAAUGCACAACCCCUGCAACAUCCUGCUGCAAGACCUCGCUGCAAGAUCCCAUUGCACCACCCCAAUGCACGAACCCCUGCAACAUCCCCGCUGCAAGACCCCGCUGCAAGAUCUCAUUGCAUGACUCCAAUGCACAACCCCGCUGCAAGACCCCACUGCAUCACCCCACUGCACAACCCCAUCGCACGACCCCCAAGCAA